AAGCUUCCCUAUGUGGCAAAUAUCUUUCCUCACAAGGGUUAUAUAUGGAAUUAUGGUGCCCUCCCUCAGAUUUGGGAAGAUCCCCAUCAAAAAGAUAAGAGCACAGACUGCUGUGGAGAUAAUAAACCUAUUGAUGUUUGUGAGAUAGGCUCAAAGGUUCUUUCUCGUAGAGAUGUUGUUCAUGUGAAGAUCCCUGGAAUUCUGGCUCUUAUUGAUCAGGGUGAAACAGAUUGGAAAUUAAUUGCUAUCAAUGUGAAUGAUCCUGAAGCCUCAAAGUUUCAUGACAUUGAAGAUGUUAAGAAGUACAAACCUGGUUACUUAGAAGCUACACUUAAUUGGUUUAGAUUUUAUAAGAUACCAGAGGGAAAACUGGAAAACCAGUUUGCUUUUAAUGGAGAAUUCAAGAACAAGGCUUUUGCUCUUAAAGUUAUUAAAUCUACUCAUGAAUGUUGCAAAGCAUUGCUUAUGGAGAAGUGUGAUGGAGGGGCUAUAAAUUGGACAAAGGUGCCUGUAUGUGAUAGCCCUUUCCAUUGCUCUCAAGAGGAAGCUAGAUCAUUAGGUGAAUCAGUGUCACUUUCACUGAAUAAAGGAAGUAAUGAAGAAGAUCAAGUAUUGCACUUCCUUGGCAAGUGAUGACAACAUUUGAAGUUCUGCCAUCAGGAUUCCAGUCUCUAAGAACUACAAGACUCCCAUCUCCCCCAAGUGCUAGAAACAGGCAGAUCUAUGAGAAUUUGC